AUGUGGGGGAAAGGACGGGAUAAGGCGUUUGAAGCUAGGCAUGGCGGGGCGAGGGCCGCUGGCACGGCGCAGUCUUCCCUGACUAUGCCACCUUGUGUGGGUGUGCUGUUCCCUGCUCUCCCUCCGCGCUUCUUUCAGCAACCCCUGUGGUCUUGCGGAUUCAACCACGUGUACGGGGCGGACGAGGCGGGGCGAGGGAGGGCUGGUAGCAAGGCGCAUCCCUCUCUUAUUGUGCCACCUAGUGUGUGUGUGUGCUUUUCGCUGCUCUCCCUCCGCGCUUCUUUCAGCAAUCCCUGUGGUCCCGCGGAUUCAACCACGUGUACGGGAAGAGGGCCGCUGGCAUGGCACGUUCAAUCCCUGUGGUCCCGGGGGUUCAAACACGUGUAUGGGGUGGACGAGGCGGGGCGAGGGCCGCUGGCAAGACCCCAUAGAACCCUCCUUUCCUUCCUCCCCUUCCCACUCCCUUCACCCUUCAUCCCCCAGCAAUCCCUGUGGUCCCGCGGAUUCAAGCACGUGUAUGGGGUGGACGAGGCGGGGCGAGGGCCGCUGGCAGGGCCUGUGGUGGCUGCUGCUUGCGCCGUGCCUGCUGGGCUGGAGAUCGCAGGGCUAGCAGACAGCAAGAAGCUCACGGAGAAGCAAAGGGAGGAGAUAUUUGACGCCAUCAUUGGAAAUCCUGACAUCUUUUACGCUGUGGACAUUGUAGGGCCAGCAGAGAUCGAUAAGGUCAAUAUCCUUGAGGCAACGAUGCUGGCAAUGGCCAACACUAUUGCCAAAGUGGUUGAGGAUCCGAAAAGCCCCUCCCCCGACUAUGUGCUCGUGGACGGCAACAGGGUGCCUCAGGGGUUGCCGUGCGCUGCUGAGGCGGUUGUCAAGGGUGAUGCCACCUGCUAUGCCAUCGCUGCUGCUUCCAUUCUUGCCAAAGUCACAAGAGAUCGACUCAUGCUCAAAUUUGACAGGCUCUACCCAGCAUACGGCUUCAAGCAACACAAGGGCUACGGCACAGCAGCACAUAUGAAAGCCCUCUUGGCUCACGGCCCUUGCCCCAUCCACCGCCGAUCCUUCGCCCCCAUCAAGGAUUGGGCUGUCUUGGACGAGAAAUGA